CUCUCUUUCUCUCUCCCACACACUCUCACACGGGGCAGUGAGAAGGGACUCCGCAAGCAGCAAAGGUCAGACUAGCAUUCCACUUCUCCACCUGGAAACAUGAGUUACUCCGGCGACGUCUACUCCAGCAGUUCCUAUCGGAAGAUCUUCGGGGAUGCGCCCCGGAGCUCCGGCCGCAUGUCGGUGGGCAGCAGCCCCUCUCGCCUGUCCGGCGGAUACCGCUCCAGCGGCUCACACCGCAACUAUGGCUCCCCAUCCAUGGUUACAUCCUCCGGCUUCCGCAAGGCGGGUGCCGGGCGCAACUUCCACUCCUCCAUGCCCGACUCCAUGGACUUGACCCAGUCCACGGCCGUCACCAACGAGAUGAAAAUCAUCCGCACCAACGAGAAGGAGCAGCUCCAGGGCUUGAACGACCGCUUCGUCUCCUUCAUUGAGAAGGUCCACAACCUGGAGCAACAGAACAAGGUUCUGGAAGCCGAGGUGACUCUACUGCGCCAGCGCCACACAGAGCCCUCCCGUCUGCACGACUUGUACGAGCAGGAGAUCCGGGAGUUGAGGGCGCGGGUCGAGGAGCUGACGCACGAAAAGAGCCAGAUGCACCUAGACUGCGUGCAGAUGAACGAGAUGCUGGACCGCGUGAAGGAGAAGCUGGAAGAGGAGACGAGGCUCCGCGAGGAGGCGGAGGGCACCUUGAAGAGCUACCGUAAGGACGUGGAUGACGCCACGAUGUCCCGACUCGAGCUGGAGAAGAAAGUCGAGUCACUGCUGGAUGAGAUCGCCUUCCUCAGGAAAGUGCACGAAGAGGAGCAGCAAGAGCUGCAGGCUUCCCUGCAAGCCACACAGGUUUCAGUGGAGAUGGACAUGAGGGAUGAUAAACCCGACCUGGCCGUGGCCCUGAAGGACAUCCGUGCCCAGUACGAGGUCCUGUCAGCCAAGAAUCAGAACCAGGCCGAGGAGUGGUACCGCUCUAAGUUUGCCAGUGUGAACGAGGCGGCCUCCCGCAACCAGGACCAGGCGAAGCAUAGCAGGGAGGAGCUAAAUGAGUAUCGCAGGCAGGUGCAGGCCCGCAGCCUGGAGAUCGAGGCUCUCAGGGGCCACAACGAGGCCCUGGAGAGGCAGAUGGCUGAGCUGGAGGACCGCCAUAGCAACGAGAUGGGAGAGAUGCAGGAGACCAUCCAGGAGCUUGAGUCUGCCCUCCGCAGCACCAAGGGGGAGAUGUCCCGUCACUUGCGUGAGUACCAGGACCUGUUGAAUGUCAAGAUGGCCCUGGACAUUGAGAUCGCUGCUUACAGGAAGUUGCUGGAAGGUGAAGAGUGCCGUCUGAGUACAGUUGGCGGAAAUAUCUUGCAGUCAGGUUACUCUGGCUUCUCCUAUUCGUCCAGCCGCUCCUACGCCCUGGGUUCCUCCGCCCCUUACAGGAUGAGGGGAGCCAGGCCUGAGGAACCAGAGAAGGAGGAGGAUGAGGAAGAGAAGGAGGAAGAGGAGAACGAGGAGGAAGGAGAGGAGGGAGGGGAUGGAGAGGAGAAUGGAGAUGAGAAUGCGGUGGAGAAUGGAGAGGGAGAUGAGGAGGAAGAUGAGGAAGAGGAGGAUGACGUUCAGAAGAAGAAGGAAGAGAAGGGGGGUGCUCCCAGCAAGAGCACCAAGAGCUAAACUGCUUGUGUCCUUGAUCAUCAAUGCCUUUCGCACCUACUACAGUCCACUCAUUCACUCAUAUGGAUCCCUUCCCUGUCGCCUCAUUUCUGAUUCACAAGGACACACACGCACACACACUUACCGUACUCACGGCAGAUGCCUCACACACACGUACCUUCUCCUCUCGCUCUCUGGGUAUCAAUAAUCAGCUGUGUGGUGGAAAACAGAAAGACAGACAACGCAGAGAGGUGCAUUACCCUGCCAGAAGAUAAACCUGCAGCUACAUGUUCUCAGUAUUCUAUGUCACGGUUUUACUCCAUAGAUGAUGGUUACCACAGGGAGCAGAGGGACGGUGGUCAACGAUACAGUAUUAAGCCAGUCAGUCAGCAAAAGAGAAUGCCUUAAAGCAAGUAUGGUGUUAGAUUAAGAAGACAGGGAUGAUAUCGCCCAGUAAGGUCCCGUCUUUAUGUGCCAUUAUUAAGGAUAUGAGAUGUGGUUAUUAGGAGCAAUUCAAUUGUAAUCUUGAAGGUAAUAGUAGGAUACUGGUAGUAGCACACAGACUAUGCCGACUAUAUGCACAGAGGUCUAGAGCAUAGAGCUUUACCAACUUUUACCAGACCAACAUUUAAGGUGCUUUUUGAAGAAAUACGUAGAGAUCAUGCCCAUGGGUGCCAUGCCAUAUUCUGAGCUGAAGAUACCAACUGGCACACUGAAUGCUCCUCCCUCCUCUCUUUUUCAUUCACAGGAGAAAGAUAUGGAAUGCUCUGUCCAUUGAGACACUUUCUUUUCCAUCACUUUUCAUCACCAGAAAAGUAAAUAUUUCCCCACUCACCUUCCCCCCUCUCUCUGUCACUGCGAAUGUCAUAGCACGGCAAAAUUACAACAUGGAUUCUAGAAAAAAGUACAUGAAAUCAUAGCGUUUAUUUGGGAGGGUUCUAAUUUCAAAGGUAGGAGAUAAGUGCAUUGUGCAGCACCUCUUCUGUGUUCAGAAGGACAACAUUCAGGACUGAGAAAUGUAGAGUUUUAAAAUGCUGCUAUUUAUCACACUAUACCCUUAUAUUUGAUGUUGAAAUACCCUCUCUUGAUUGAUUCAUUUGUCACUGAAUGGAUAUACCCUCAAAGUAAGAUAACUCUCUCUAAACCUGAGGUAAAUGUCUCCCCUAGUCCCUUCCUUUCCCCAGAGCAGCCUAAGUCUUGUUUGUUUACUAUUUGCGGUCGUUUAGUGCUCUGUACCCUACGACCUUCUGGCUGGUGGCUUGAGUGGUAGAGUGUGUGUUGUUAAGUCCCAAAUGGUACCCUAUUCCGUAUUUUCUGCACUACUUUUGAUCAGAGCCCAUCGGGAUGCAGCCUGUGUUUGCUUUUAGCAGUGUGCUCUGCUCCAGACAGUUAACAGGCCUGUGGCUGCUGUGAAGGACAUCUGGAGGUGACAAUGAGUGACUGCAUCACAGGCGGCCGGCCGGUGGCACCUUAAUUGGGGAGUACGGUCUCAUAGUAAUGGCUGGAAUGGAAUGGUAUCAAACACACCAAACACAUGGUUUCCAUGUGGUUGAUAACAUUCCUUUCACUCAAUUCCAGUCAUUAUGAGCCAUCCUCCCCUAAGCAGCCUCAUGUGGACUGCAGGACCAAGUGGCAGACGGUGCAGACGCCACUGGGGUCAUGGGUGGUCACAUGGUGCUGCGCCACAGAUAAGGGCUAUUAUCACCAUACCCCCCCCCCACACACACACACACACACACUAUCCCAGUCUGAGAUGGACAGCAACAGUAUGUACACAGGACACCCUAGGCAGACAUACAGUGAGGAUACAGUGAGUGACUGCACAGAUAUGUAAGGUUAUAAAGAAUGAGUGAAAAUGUUAAAGAAGGAGACAUUUAUGAUUUCUAGUGAUAAAAGGAAAAGUGUUGCAGGAAGUAUGUUUAGGGAAAGAAAAAUACACGGAAAACCCAAAAUGGAAUGUACUCUAGAAUCCUAUACUGUAGUAAAAUGGAAUGUACUCUAGAAUCCUAUACUGUAGUAAAAUGGAAUGUACUCUAGAAUCCUAUACUGUAGUAAAAUGGAAUGUACUCUAGAAUCCUAUACUGUAGUAAAAUGGAAUGUACUCUAGAAUCCUAUACUGUAGUAAAAUGGAAUGUACUCUAGAAUCCUAUACUGUAGUAAAAUGGAAUGUACUCUAGAAUCCUAUACUGUAGUAAAAUGGAAUGUACUCUAGAAUCCUAUACUGUAGUAAAAUGACCUGUCCUCCAAAAUGUUUGUAAACUUAACGUGGGUGAAUGUAUAGCUUCACAGAAUGUUAAAUGUUCUGUUUCUGAGACUGGCACACACUGUGGAAGGCCUUAUCUUUAACCGUUGUAGAUAUCACUCCUUCUUCCUUUCCUUGAGAAAUGAAUCAAUUGACAAGCAUUGACUGCAUGGCCUGAUUCUUGGGAGCUUGAAAACUGGGGAUGGGAUAGAUUUUGCUUGUUGAAUGUAAAAAAAGAUAAUUGCCUUAACCAUGUUCAAAACAAUAAAACAACCUUUUCACUUGCAUUUCACAUGUUUCCGAGGUGGUUCAGGAGUGUUGACACAGACCAUUCAUUCUGCUAUACUACUGUGACUGUAUGUGCUGCUGUCUCAUGCUGUGAUAUUCCUCCCAAAGCCAAAUAAAGCGAUUUAUUAACCAAACA